GCCCUCACCGCCACUGGGACAGGCGGACACCGCCAUAAAACUCCCAAGCUCAGGACGGGCACGCGCACGCAGCUGUCUACGUCGUGGCGAACGAGGCCGCACUGCUUUGUCCAGGGGGCGGAGCUGUCAGUCAAAGUACACAAGCUGCUGAGACUAUAAGCGGAAAGUUAAUUUAUGAGUGCGAGGUCGUCCCUGUCGUACACAAAUGAAGAGAGACUUCUACUGGAGGGAAUGGCCGCCUCCUCAUCCUCAUCUUCAGCUGGUGGGGUCAGUGGAAGUUCUGUCACCGGAUCUGGUUUCAGUGUGUCCGACCUUGCCCCACCACGGAAAGCUCUGUUCACCUACCCGAAAGGAGCUGGAGAGAUGUUAGAAGUAUCUUCUGGGGCUUGGUUCUGCUUCAACCUCUCCUCCUCCACCACCUCCGAAUUCCACACCUAUGCCUCAUCUCCAAGGAUACUGAAGUCAACAGAUGGCUCUGAGCGAUUCCUCUGUGAGUCGGUGUUUAGCUAUCAAGUGGCGUCCACACUUAAGCAGGUGAAGCACGAUCAGCAAGUCGCUCGGAUGGAAAAACUGGCUGGUCUUGUGGAAGAGCUGGAGGCUGAUGAGUGGCGAUUUAAACCCAUCGAGCAGCUGCUGGGGUUCACACCCUCCUCGGGUUGACGUUGCCUGUGUGAGCACCCUCAGGGCACAGCCACCCAGAGAGUCUCGCUGUACUGUGAGCUGCAUGUCUGAAUUCACAUCCAUCCUGGGCUCCUCUGUUUCUAGUCAUAGGCCACAAGUGCUCAUGUGAGAUGUGUGGAGAUGGUUUCACAUUCAUGUUCUUUAAAGCAUUGGGCAUCACUUGGGAAGCAGAGGCAGGAGGAGGAUCCCUGUGAGUUUGAGGCUAGCCUGAUCUACAUAGAGUUUCAGGACAGCCAGGGCUAUGUAGAAAGACCCUGUUUCAAAAAUAAAAAGAAGUAUUGGGGAUCAGAUGAAGACAGUCCUUUCAGAGAACCAGGAGGGCUGGGAUUUAGGAGACCUAUAUUCUCACAAACCAAGUGGACACACGCCAGAGUCAGCCAACUGAAUGGUGUAUAUCCUGUCAUUCAGAGAGUAUCUGGUAGCUUUCACCAGCCAUGUCCAAGGUCAGCAUCUGUUGCUUCACGGUCACAGCCCAAACCUUCUCUUCAAACAUUCUCUUCAUGUGUGAAUGUGAUUUAGCUCAGGGUCCGUCCAGAUGGAAUUUUAAAGUGUUCUUUCCUCUCUAUUCUUAGGAAUUUAAUAUUAUGGAUUAUUUUUCUCACCUCUUACGACAUGCCAAAUGGUGCUACUCCACCCCAUCUCUGUCCCCCAAAAUUGCUUUUUGAAUGUUGCAGCACUUGAAAAUAUGAAGUGACCUAAAUCCUUUUAGACCCAGAAGUCUCAGUCCAGCUCACAGGGAUAUGAAAGCAAUUCUAUAGAAAAUAAAUCCUCUCAUGAGUUCCAGAUUGGUGUCUUCAUCCUUUCAGAGUCUGGGGGACUUAGACAGAGGAGCGGUCAGGUCAGCUUUUCCUUAGACUCUGAACUCACUUCUCUUAAGUAGACAGUAGGCUUGCUUUGCUGCGAGCUGUUUGCUUGUAUAGAAGCUCCAACUGACUGCUACCUCAGUAGGGGUGACAGUGGGUUGUUUGUUGGUUCAUUUGUUUGGAACCUUGUCUCUCGGUAGCUAGGCUGGCCUCAAACUCAGAGCAGUUCUCCUGCCUCAGCUUACUAAGUGUGAGGAUUAUCCCCCUCUCUUCACUAGGUUUUUACACGAUGAUAGAGAAAGACCUGGGUGACCAGGACCUCAUCAUGGGACCCCACUGCACAAUUAGAGAAUUAUGUACUAUGUUACAUACAGAUUUAGCCUAGCCAGCAUUUAGCUUUCUGCUCAUUAAUCAAUAACUUUACACAUCUGAUCUGCUUAGAGUUGCUUAAUUAUAAAUAAAUUUAAUCCUAGUAGCAAUUGGC